GGCGGCGCGGUGUACUGUGGGAAUGCGGCUGUCUGGCAGGCUGGGUUCUGUGGUAGUGUUGGGAGUACGAUGGUUGGGGAUGAGGGGACUUCAGCCGCAGUAGAGGAGCUGGUAAAGGGGACGAGGCAGGUAGCCGAGUUCGCCGAGCAGUUCCGGGCUUACUCGGAGAGCGAGAAGCACUGGAAGGCUCGCAUGGAGUUCAUCCUGCGCCACCUGCCCGAUUACCAGGACCAGCCCGACGGCGGCCGCAGCCUGGACCAGCUGCUGGCGCUGUCCAUGGUGUGGGCCAACCACCUCUUCCUGGGCUGCAGUUACAACAAGGAACUUUUAGACAAGGUAAUAGAAAUGGCUGAUGGGAUUGAAGUAGAAGAUCUGCCACAGUUUAAAACCAGAGAUGAAUUAAUGAAAAAGCAUCAUCACUAAGGAAGAUUUCUCCAGUUUUCAUCAUGCAAUUGAAUGCUUGAACAAGAGGAUAGACUGGAAAGGCUUUUGAACAUAGAGGCUUUUGCAAAGCUUCUAGAUCUCCCAUAUACAAGAAGAGAAAAAAAAAUGAGAUAAAAUAAAAUCAUUGUGUUGAUUUCUUUAACCAUUAUUGUCUUGGUAACUAUCUUUUUGUAAACAAA